AUGGUAAACUCUACAAUAUUAAGCAACACGAAACAAAUACGAGGAUUUAGCUUCUAAUUGAAGAAACCAAAAGCAUAGAAAUCAAUUUCCAUUGCAUCUUAAAGAAUAAGAAGAGGCUUUUCUUUUGUAGUUGAGUAAUGGAAAAUUAGUAAAUUUUAAUCACAGCUUUUUUCGCAAAACGAGUCGCUUAUUCAAUCGUCCAUCUCAAUGGCAAGUUAGGAUAUUUCAAUUAUGAACUCGGACUUUAGCAUUGCCAAGAAGAUUCGUGGUUUCAGUUUUGUUAGGAACAAGAAGCAAUUAUGAAUAUGACUAGCAUAUUAUAAUCAACUUUUAUAUUUUUUA